AUGGCGACACUCUGCUUGACCGUGAAUACGGGAGAUCCUCCCCUGGGAGCUUUACUGGCAGUCGAACAUGUAAAAGAUAAUGUCAGCAUUUCCAUUGAAGAAGGGAAAGAAAAUAUUCUUCGUGUUUCUGACAAUGUGUUAUUCACGGACAUAAAUUCCAUACUUCGUUACUUGGCUAGAGUUGCAACUACAGCUGGGCUCUAUGGCUCUAAUCUGAUGGAACAUACGGAGAUUGAUCACUGGGUGGAGCUCAGUGCUGCAAAGCUGUCUUCAUGUAACUCAUUUAUGCCUGCAGUCAAUGAACUGAAUCAUUGCCUUUCUCUGAGAACAUACCUAGUUGGAAACUCCUUGACUUUAGCAGAUUUAUGUGUUUGGGCCACCCUCAAAGGAAAUGCUACCUGGCAGGAGCAAUUGAAGCAGAACAAAGCUCCGGUCCAUGUAAAACGCUGGUUUGGCUUUCUUGAAGCCCAGCGGGCCUUUCAGUCAGUAGGUUCUAAGUGGAAUGUCUCAACAACCAGACCUAAAGUAAUACCUGAGAAAAAACAAGAUGUUGGGAAAUUUGUUGAACUUCCUGGUGCAGAGAUGGGGAAGGUUACUGUCAGAUUUCCUCCAGAGGCUAGUGGGUACUUACACAUUGGGCACGCAAAAGCUGCUUUGCUGAACCAGCACUAUCAGGUUAACUUUAAAGGGAAACUCAUCAUGAGAUUUGAUGACACAAAUCCAGAAAAAGAAAAGGAAGAUUUUGAGAAGGUUAUUUUGGAGGAUGUUGCAAUGUUACAUAUCAAACCAGAUCAAUUUACUUACACCUCAGAUCAUUUUGAAAUAAUAAUGAAAUAUGCAGAGAAGCUAAUUCAAGAAGGAAAGGCUUAUGUGGAUGAUACCCCUGCUGAGCAGAUGAAAGUGGAACGGGAACAGAGGAUAGAAUCCAAACACAGAAACAACUCUAUUGAGAAGAAUCUACAAAUGUGGGAAGAAAUGAAAAAAGGAAGUCAAUUUGGACAGUCCUGUUGUUUGCGAGCAAAAAUUGACAUGAGUAGUAACAAUGGUUGCAUGAGAGACCCAGCCCUUUAUCGCUGCAAAAUCCAACCACACCCCAGAACUGGAAGUAAAUACAAUAUUUACCCAACAUAUGACUUUGCCUGCCCUAUAGUGGAUAGCAUUGAAGGGGUUACACAUGCCCUCAGAACAACAGAAUACCAUGACAGAGAUGAACAGUUCUACUGGAUUAUUGAAGCUUUGGGCAUAAGAAAACCAUAUAUUUGGGAGUACAGUCGGCUAAAUCUCAACAAUACGGUGUUGUCUAAAAGAAAACUCACGUGGUUUGUCAAUGAAGGACUAGUAGAUGGAUGGGAUGACCCAAGAUUUCCUACAGUACGUGGUGUACUGAGAAGAGGGAUGACAGUUGAGGGACUGAAACAGUUUAUUGCUGCUCAGGGCUCUUCACGGUCAGUUGUGAAUAUGGAAUGGGACAAAAUCUGGGCAUUUAAUAAAAAGGUUAUUGACCCGGUGGCUCCCCGCUAUGUUGCAUUACUGAGGAAAGAAGUGAUCCCAGUGAAUAUUCCUGAAGCUCAAGAGGAAAUGAAAGAAGUUGCCAAACACCCAAAGAAUCCUGAUGUUGGCUUGAAGCCUGUGUGGUACAGUCCAAAAGUGUUCAUUGAGGGUGCUGAUGCAGAGACCUUGUCAGAGGGUGAGAUGGUCACAUUUAUAAAUUGGGGCAACAUCAACAUUACCAAAAUUCACAAAAACACAGAUGGAAAAAUUGUAUCUCUUGAUGCUAAAUUGAAUUUGGAGAAUAAAGACUUCAAGAAAACCACUAAGAUCACUUGGCUGGCAGAGACUGCACACGCUCUUCCUAUUCCAGCUGUCUGUGUCACUUACGAGCACCUGAUCACAAAGCCGGUACUGGGAAAAGAUGAGGAUUUCAAGCAGUAUGUCAACAAGAACAGUAAGCAUGAAGAGUUAAUGUUGGGAGAUCCCUGCCUUAAAGAUUUGAAGAAAGGGGAUAUAAUACAACUCCAGAGAAGAGGAUUCUUCAUAUGUGAUCAACCUUAUGAACCUGUUAGUCCAUACAGUUGCAGAGAUGCCCCAUGUGUUUUAAUAUACAUUCCUGAUGGACAUACAAAGGAAAUGCCAACAUCUGGGUCAAAGGAAAAGACCAAAGUAGAAACAGCAAAAAAUGAGACAACUCCAAAUAAGGAAAAGUCAGCACCAUCUCUGAAUAAUACCUGUGCAACACCUGAGGAUUCGUUGGUCCUUUACAACAGAGUGGCUGUUCAAGGGGACGUGGUCCGUGAAUUAAAAGCCAAGAAAGCCUCAAAAGAGGAUAUAGAUGCAGCUGUAAAACAGCUUUUGGCUUUGAAGGCUGAAUAUAAGGAGAAAACUGGCCAGGAAUAUAAACCUGGAAACCCCCCGGCUGCAGUCGUACAGAAUAUUUCUUCUAAAUCUUCAGAAAGUAUUCUGGACAGUAAAUCUCUUUAUGAUGAAGUUGCUGCACAAGGGGAGGUGGUUCGUAAACUGAAAGCUGAGAAAGCUCCAAAGGCUAAAGUGAAUGAAGCUGUAGAAUGCCUACUCUCUCUGAAAGCUCAGUAUAAAGAAAAGACUGGAAAAGACUAUGUACCCGGGCAGCCCCCCUUAUCUCAAAAUUCAGGUCCAGCAACCAGAAACUCUGAACCUACUGGGCCCCAAACACCGGAAGCCAAAAUACUUUUUGACAAAGUAGCUUUUCAAGGAGACGUAGUUCGAAAACUGAAAGCUGAAAAAGCCUCUAAGGAUCAAGUAGAUACAGCUGUACAAGAUCUCCUUCAGCUGAAGGCACAGUACAAGUCUCUGACUGGAGUAGAGUACAAGCCUGUCUCUGCUACUGGACCUGAGGAGACAGAUAAGAAGAAGAAAGAGAAAGAAAAUAAAUCUGAAAAGCAGAAUAAACCCCAAAAACAAAGUGAUGGUCAAAGGAAAGACUCUUCUAAAAGUCAAGGAAGUGGGCAGUCUUCAGGAGGGCCAGGAGAAGGGCAAGGACCUAAGAAACAGACCAGGUUGGGUCUUGAGGCAAAAAAAGAAGAAAAUCUUGCCGAUUGGUAUUCUCAAGUCAUCACUAAAUCAGAAAUGAUUGAAUACUACGAUGUAAGUGGCUGCUAUAUUCUUCGUCCCUGGGCGUAUUCCAUUUGGGAAUUCAUCAAGGACUUUUUUGAUGCUGAGAUCAAGAAACUUGGUGUGGAGAAUUGCUAUUUCCCCAUGUUUGUGUCCCAAGGAGCAUUAGAGAAAGAGAAGAGUCAUGUUGCUGACUUUGCCCCUGAGGUUGCUUGGGUUACAAGAUCUGGCAAAACAGAGUUGGCAGAACCAAUUGCUGUUCGUCCUACUAGUGAAACAGUCAUGUAUCCUGCAUAUGCAAAAUGGGUACAAUCACAUCGAGACCUGCCCAUCAGACUGAAUCAGUGGUGCAAUGUGGUGCGUUGGGAGUUCAAGCAUCCUCAGCCCUUUCUACGUACUCGUGAAUUCCUGUGGCAGGAAGGGCACAGUGCUUUUGCUACCUUUGAAGAAGCAGAGAAAGAGGUUUUAGAGAUACUUGACUUGUAUGCUCGGGUGUAUGAAGAACUGCUGGCAAUUCCUGUUGUAAAAGGAAGAAAGACUGAAAAGGAGAAAUUUGCAGGCGGAGAUUACACAACCACAGUGGAAGCAUUUAUAUCUGCUAGUGGAAGAGCUAUACAGGGAGGAACAUCACAUCAUUUAGGACAGAAUUUUUCCAAAAUGUUUGAAAUCAUUUUUGAAGACCCCAAGGCACCAGGAGAGAAGCAAUUUGCCUUUCAAAACUCCUGGGGCCUGACAACUCGAACUAUUGGGGUUUUGACGAUGGUUCACGGAGACAACAUGGGUUUAGUAUUACCACCCCAUGUAGCCUGUGUUCAGGUGGUGAUUAUUCCUUGUGGCAUUACAAAUGCACUUUCUGAAGAAGAUAGAGAAGCCCUGAUUGCCAAAUGCAAUGAUUAUCGAAAGCGGUUACUCAGUGUUAAUAUUCGUGUUCGAGUUGAUUUACGUGACAACUAUUCACCAGGUUGGAAGUUCAAUCAUUGGGAGCUCAAGGGAGUUCCAAUUAGACUUGAACUUGGGCCACGUGAUAUGAAGAGCUGUCAGUUUGUAGCUGUUAGACGAGAUACUGGAGAAAAGCUAACAGUCACUGAAAAUGAGGCUGAGACUACACUUCAAACCAUUUUGGAAGACAUCCAGAGUAAUCUUUAUACAAGAGCUUCUGAAGGCCUUAAGACUCAUAUGGUUGUGGCAAACACGAUGGAAGACUUUCAGAAGGCACUAGAUUCUGGAAAGAUUGCUCAGAUUCCAUUUUGUGGAGAAAUUGACUGUGAAGAUUGGAUCAAAAAGACCACUGCCAGGGAUCAAGAUCUUGAACCUGGUGCUCCAUCCAUGGGAGCUAAAAGCCUUUGCAUCCCCUUCAAACCACUGUGUGAACUGCAGCCUGGAGCCAAAUGCCUCUGUGGCAAGAACCCUGCCAAGUACUACACCUUAUUUGGUCGUAGUUACUAAGAGAUAAAACAGAACAGCUAUAUUCAACCGUCCUGACUUUUUAAGAAAUUGGUACUAAUAUCUUCUCAGAUAUAGCCAGUUUUUUUGAUUUUUUUGAAAAAUAAAAGUUCUAAAAGCAGGUCAUAUGAGACAAAUAACUAUUCUUAUGCAUAAAAUAACAGUGGGUUUAAAAAAAAUUUUUUUUCCCCAGUUAAUAAAUAUCAUGAA